AUGCGUAUGACGGGCAAGCGCAAGAUGACCAAAGGGGUCCUGUCGCCAACCAGAAUCUUGUCCGCCUCGGUAACGCCGCCAUCAGCUGAUUCUCCUGCUCCCGCGGCCAAGAAAAAUGUUUGCGAGCACUGCAAGUUCGUCGUGGCGCCGGGACUCGAACCCUUCAGAAGCUCUCAAAGAAUCGUCUGGCACUCGAUGUCGCACUUGCCUUGGAAUCGAUUCCAGUGCUCAGUAUGCAAGCAGUGUGCCGCGCAACGAGGAAGCGUCCUGCGCCAUCAGAAACGUCACCACGGCGGCGACGGCACGGUUAUUGACAUGUCCACCCCCGAGUACUUCGACGCGUUGAUGAAGACGGCGUGCCUCGGAUUUCCGCUCCAGACCGAGGAGAUCAAGAAAAAUGUGGCCAGCAUCCGGAACCAAACGCUGCAGCGUGAAUGGCUGGACGAAGAGCCCAUCGAAAAUCAGUGCAGGAAGUGCGGCAAGCGUAUCUUGGCGCAAGCCGGAUCGGCGCUUCUGCGCCACGUUACCACUCAUUUUGGAGGACGGCCCUGGAAAUGCUCACAGUGCUUCCCGCUGCAGGACGACCAGCUGAAAUACGCGCUGGAAUGCAUGCGAAAUGACCGGAGAGGAGAGGGAGAUGGAGAAGGAGACGAUUCCGGGGAGGACGAGCACUAUGGUGAAUUGACCGAUGAUGAGGAAGAUAGGGCGGAAACGGAUUCCACCGCUCAGCCCACGCGAAGGUCGCAGCGGCUCGUGAAGGCUUCAGCCGCAAAGCGCGCCUAUGAUGAGACGCAUGAAGAUGAAGAGCUUGACGCUGAAAAUCUGACCUAUGACGAAACGGCAUCUCACUAUGAUCAGGAUCAAUCUUUUAACGAUCAGUCGCUAGACCCGGCCCCAACGCCAGACACAACAACCAGCCUUCGGAAAAGAAUCAAGCGUGAAGCAGCUGAAACCGACAAUCGGAGCUCAUCGUCGGGUCUUGAAAGCUUGUUGCAAACACAGAACCUCCAUCUCCUCGAAGAAAAUGAAGCGCUCCGGAAACAGAUUGUCAAGCGUGACCAAGAGAUUGGCGAGCUGCAGAUGAAGCUCGCAGAAGCGGAAAGGAAAGCGGAAGAGAGAUUGAAGACUCCCGAGGAAUCGGAUAAAAAACGAGAGGCGCAGAAAGAGCUGCUCGGCCAGCUCAGCUACGAGAACCGGGAGAUGAAGCGCGAGAUCGAGGAGCUGAAGCGGCGCAAGAACGUCGAA